AUGCAGCCACGUCAUCCCCUUGUUCCUUCCCUUCACUGCGGCGAGAGCGCCGACGACUUGGAGUCCUCCUGGGAAGACGCCACCGACGGCGGCGCCGCCGCUCCGCCGCCGCCUCCCCCGCCGGCUGCCGUCGCCGACGACUCCCACCGCCCCAUCUCCGACAUUCUGGCGGCGGAGGCCUCCCACUUGCCGGAGCCCGGAUACUCCGACCGCUUCCUCGAUGGCGGCUCCCUCGACGCCGCCGCCCGCCUCGAUGCCGUUGACUGGAUCUUCAAGGCAACACUCCCUUUCUCCCCACCCAUUCCCCCGCAAUCACGGAGCCCGUUGACUUUAUCCUUCUUGAUCCCCCCGUUGACCUCCACCGACCAGGUGAACGCAGUCCACGGCUUCCCGCCGACGACCGCCUUCCUCUCAGUCAACUACCUCGACCGGUUCGUAUCCUCACAGCUCCGGCCGGUGAGCCCACUUUCUUUCGGGGAGGAAAUUCACAGCCUUAGAUUAUCAUCAAUCAGUCAAUCAAUCAAUCAAUUAUCUAAUUAAGUAACCUCUUUUGGGGUUUGAUCCAGAUUCUCGUUCCUCUUUUUGGUUCAUGCAAUGUUCAUGGGAGGGAAUUAUUUUGCCUUAACUACAUGCGCACAGAUGGGGGUGAGCUGGACGUGGCGGCUGGUCGCGGUGGCCUGCCUGUCGGUGGCGGCGAAGAUGGAGGAGACGGCGGCGCCGCCGCCGGAGGAGUUGCAAAUGGCGGGGCCCCAGUUCGUCUUCGACUCCGCCGUCGUGAGGAGGAUGGAGCUCCUCCUAAUGACGGCCCUCCGGUGGCGCAUGCGCCCAGUCACUCCCUUCGACUUUGUGGGAUUCUUCUCCGGUAUUCUCUCCUCCGGCGGCACCGGCGCCGGCCCCGCCUCCGACGUUAUACUCGCCACCCAGCGCGGUAGGCGGCGCCGCUAGAAUCUACAGUUCGUGUUCUCUGCUUUAUUCUUGUGCUGUAUCUGUUGUUUGUUCGGCAGUGGCGCAGUUCAUUGGUCAACGGCCGUCGGCCAUUGCGGCGGCCGCCGUGCUCUUCACCGGUGGGGCGCCGGCGGAGGAAGAGGGGCUGUCGCGGCUCUACGAGGUGGUCAACAAGGUGGUUGACUUCCGAUAUUUAGUGAGUUGACCUGUGUAUCCUCAUCAGUGCUGACUCUGACCGGAUUGAGGCGCCGGCACAGGAGGAGGUAGAGGUGUGCCGGCGGCUGAUGGAGGAACAUUUUCCGGACACCUCUCGAUUGCCCAGGGAGCCCAACAGCCCGGCGGCGUCACCACCCACGAAACGGCGGAGAUUCAGAUAA